AUGAGUCUUCCUACUUUGAACCAAUACCACAAAAAGCCCUAUCAGGCAAUUGACCCUUCUCUCCCCGCCCUUCAGCAGACAGGCAGAACAGUCAUUGUCACUGGGGGAAAUAGUGGCAUAGGGUAUGCUAUCGCUCGCAGCUUUGUCAAAGCGAACGCCGCUCGUGUCAUUAUACUUGGACGUCGUCAAGAUGUAGUCGCAUCUGCAACUGCCAAACUCCAAGAAGAGGGAGGUCAGUUUGGCAGUGGUACGGAUGUACAAGGCCGCACUUGUGAUAUCUCUGACUUAAAAUCCACUGAGCACCUCUGGAAAGCACUUGAAUCAGAGGACAUUUUCGUCGAUGUCCUGGUCUUGAGUGCUGCAAGCUAUGGUGCUAUCCAGACUAUUCUUGACGGAGGUCUGUCCAAGGUCUGGAGUGACUUUGAGUCCAAUGUGCGAAGUACUCUCGAUAUGACAGAGCGAUUUUACAAGCAAAAAGCGACAGCCCCAGGCAAAAACAAGUUUCUAGUCAACAUCUCAACCUGUGCGGCCUACAUGUGGUCAACAAUGGGUCCCGACCGACCAACAUACGGUUUGACCAAAAGUGCCAGCACUCUCCUCCUGCAGCAGAUCGCACAGGAUACUAAGCCCACUGAUAUGCAGAUUGUCAGCUUCCAUCCAGGUGGUAUUUUGACCGACUCUGCCAAGAGAGUCGGUGGGGAUAACCUAAAGGGCCUCGUCUUUGACGAUGAAAAUCUUCCAGGCCAUUUCUCAGUCUGGGCAGCUACGCCUGAAGCCAGCUUUCUUCAUGGCCGCUUCGUCUGGGCUAAUUGGGAUGUUGAUGAGCUCAAGACUGGUCCUGUACGUAAACAAAUCGACACUGAUGAGCACUUUCUUAAGGUUGGCGUGGAGGGACUAUCUGAAAAGAUGGGAGGCAUGAUCAUGACCUAA